AUGGACGGCUGGGCUGAGGUUGCUCGCGUACCUGCCACGGCGCGCAACAAUUCACCAGCCUUGGGCGAUAACCCUCAGAUAACAUCGCUACAGUUUGACCACACCACCAAUUUGUUAUGGUGUGGCGACUCGAUGGGCUAUACCAGCUCGCUCACUCCAACCCAAACGGAACCAGCUUCAUAUGGCCACGCAGCGCCCGUCCAAUUGUUCAGAUACACCAAGUUCCACGCGCUGGCCAAUUCUGCUCCGGUGAUUCAGCAUUUGAACCAUCAGAGGGGGAUCUUGUCACUUCUGAACUCGUCCAUUUGCUUCAACUCGCGUCGAGGCUUAUACCACACGCUAAUCGACGGGAAGCUGUCCACUUCGGCGUCGUCACUAUUCAAAAACCUCACGUGUAUGACCUUGGCUUAUUCAACGUCGAACGACUUGAUAGUGGGUGGGAAUUCGUCGUUGCUUCUGGUUGAUUUACAGAAACCAUCAGUGGUAUCUAAAUUCAAUCAUGAGGGUGAUAUCUCCUUCAUCAACUACUCUUCGAAGCUCUUGACUGUGGGUAAAUCUUCAGGCUCGUUGGAGAUAUUUGACCCACUAGCCAACCAAUCAGUCAAAUCCUUCAGCGGACACAGCGGCUUGCUUUCCGACUUGGACGUCAAGGGUAACUACGUAGCGACCUGUGGAUACUCAGUGCGCAAUCGUCGCUUUGGUUCGGCGAAUGCUUCAGUGGAGUAUAUGGUGGAUCCUCUAGUGAAUAUUUACGAUUUGAGAAUGAUGCGGGCUUUAUCCCCUGUUCCGUUCUCCGCAGGCGCCAGUUUCGUGAAAUUCCACCCCAAAUUACCCAACAUCAUAAUUGUGGCAUCGACCACAGGCCAAAUUCAGUUUGUCGACUUGUUUGACCAACUGGAAGUCCACUUGUACCAGGCGGACUUGGUCAGUGCAAAUCCUCCUAUGGGGUCUGUUUCUGCGCCACCGGCAUCAUACCUUUCUAAUCUUGACGUCAGCGAGAAUGGUGAAUUCCUCUGUUUUAGUGACGGGUUUCCCAACUUACACUUGUGGUCACUCAAUGCUUCAACGACCCCCCACUUUGUCAAUUUCCCUGCGGCCUUAGAUCGUCCAGAUGUGACGGCGCUGCCUCCAUCACUGGACCCCAUCGGCAUCGACGAUAAUGUGUCCUUGAACGUUAUAGGAAUGCCUUACUAUAAGGAGUUUUUGCUCUCAAAUUAUCCUACGGAUAUGGUGUUCACGAAAGAGCUGCUGAAAGCUCCGCAGCAAGUAAGUGCAACUCUUCUGGAGCUCAGCCAAUCUUUGCCAGGAAAGUUUUUACCAUAUGACAGACAAAAGUACGGGCCAAGAUAUGUUGACAACAACUACGAGCCAUUGAAGAUUAACACGCGUCAGAAACACGGCCAAAAGUCCACAAAGCAGAAUUUAAUACCGAAGUUCAUUAGUGAACGAAGUAUCACAUCCUCUCCCGGUCCCUCCACGCCUGUUCAACGACACGCAGAACUUGCGUCACCUUCGUUAUUGGGCACUCCAACAUUCCUGGACUUUAAUGACACCGACAAUGAGAUUGGAAACUCAUCCUUCCAUGACGGCAAUGCGCAGAACGAAACAAUCUUUCAGUUCAAGUCGCUGGUGGGAAAUCGUGUGCCUUCUUGUUACACUAGGCUUGAGAUUCAUUAUUCGAAGUUCGGAGUUGAUGAUUUUGACUUUGAAUACUACAACCAAUCAAAUGGCUUGUGUGCUGGUCUUGAAAACCACUUGGACAACUCAUACACUAAUUCAGUUCUUCAGGCUUAUCGUUAUAUUCCUAUCUUUUAUAAUACUGUCACUCAGAGUCUAUUGAAGGAGUGGUUACCAAAUAGCUCUGAAACCAUAAUAGAAGAGUCAUGUCCACAAGGUUCUUCCAUUUUGAAUGAGUUGGGUUAUUUGUUUGAUAUGAUGCACAACGCGGGGUCCAAAAAUGUGAGUAUUGCGAAUUUCUCGCUGAUUCUCAGUGAAAGCAAGCUUGCUCAAAUGCACGGUCUCAUUAAUCGUGAUGAUGGAAAAUCCUUGGAUGCUAAACAGCUACAGAAUUUGGUUAUAACGUUCAACAAAUUCCUUGUCGAAUCGGUAAUCAAUGAUUAUGCAUCACAGUUCAGGGUAAAUGUACAAGAUUUGACAUCUAUGCAUUAUGAAUUGGAGUUUUCAACCACUUCUGGCGAGUUUCUUGAUAGAAAGUAUGGCAACCUGGCCACACUUGAUUUGGUAUCUCCUCCUAACAAUGUUUUAAACAAGGUCAAUAUUCUUGUGAACCAAAACAGAUUCAACAAUUCUCAGCACAUGGCCAAGAAGAACCACACACUUCUAACAUAUCUUGAAUAUUCGCUUAACCAGUUCAGGGUAUUGCCUCCAUCUUCUAAGACUCCAUAUCCUGUUGAAGUUAAGCAAUCUAUACUAAAGUUGGGUCCAGUGUUGCUGAUAAACUUACCGUUUUCUGACCAGGAGUAUUCCGUUAUCAAGUCUUGUAAGAAAUGGUUAGUGCCCGAGUUCUACACAACUACUGGUAACAACAAGAAGUUGGGUUUCAAGCCUGUGAUCACACUAUUGAACCAACAGGCACAAAAGUACGAGCUCCAGGCUUAUGUUUGUGAGAUAAAUCACAGCUCUGUGUCCGCACCUGGAAACCAUAACCUUAUAUCUUACGUGAAGAUUCGAUCACCAGCACUGAGAAAGGACCAAUGGUUUUUGUUCAACGACUUCUUGGUGAUGCCAAUACCCGAGGAAGAAGUGUUUAACAUAAGUCCAAGCUGGAAGAAGCCUCUUGUGCUCAUUUAUCACAACGUCGAGGACCCUCGCAACCAAAAGUUUUCAUAUUUUGAGGAAUCGACCUUCCGUAAACUUGCUGGUUUAGAUGAUUCCAUAUUGUACAGAGAUCACUUUGCAUGCGGCGUUAGGGAAGGGUUCAAGAGGGAGUACGAGCUUCUUACCAAGAAAGAGGCACCUCAAUGCGGAUCUUUAGUUGCAAUCGACGCAGAAUUCGUAUCUUUGCGACCCGAAAUUGUGGAGGUCAGUUAUACCGGCGUACGCAAUUUGAUCAGACCAACCGCACUUUCUCUUGCCCGAAUCUCUGCUGUAAGAGGAGAUGCGGGCCCCAAGAAUGGGGUUCCAUUCAUUGAUGACUACAUUGUUCACACGAAACCAAUUUACGACUACUUGACGACCUUCUCUGGCAUUGAGCCCGGAGACCUUGAUCCGCAAAAAUCAACAAAAACAUUAGUCACGUUGCAAACAGCAUACCGGAGACUCUGGUUGUUGUUGAAUAUGGGAUGUGUAUUUGUGGGGCACGGACUUCGAAGCGAUUUCCGAUGCAUCAAUUUGCAAGUGCCUAAAUCUCAAAUCCGCGAUACCAUUGAAUUCUAUUACUUGCCAGAUUUCCGGCGUAAGUUGAGUCUCAAGUUCUUAGCGUACAUUGUUUUAAAGGAAGCGGUGCAGACGAGAAAUCAUGACUCCAUUGAAGAUGCUAACACAGCACUUCGAUUAUAUGAGAAGUACAUGGAGCUUCUGGCAGUAGGAGAGUUCGACACCGAGUUGAACCGUAUAUAUAGCGAGGGCCAACAACUUCGGUUCCGAGUUCCGGAUCUGUAG